GUAAUCUUUGCUUUAUUUUCUCUAAGCACACACAUAUAUUUUUCUACGCACAUUUAAUAAGUACUCGGAUAUAUAUACAUAUAUAUAUAUAUAUAUAUAUAUAUAUAGAAAAGCGUAUAUUUUUAACAAAAAGAUAAAGAUUUAAUUAAAAAUGCGUGGAUGUCUAACGGAGCGACGGCAUCAAGCAGCUGGUGGUGGAGGUGGAGAUUCCAGCAGCAAUGGUGGUGAACCAAGACGCCGACAACAGACUGCAGCGAUGCCCCAUACUGCCCGAUUGAAUAAUGUGCGAGCAUUGCGUUCCGUCUAUGCACCCGGAGCGAAGGGAUCAAGUGCUGGGGGAAAAUCAUCAACUACAAGCUUAACAGGGAAAGGAGGAGCAGGAGGAUCAAAGAGCGGCGGCGGGUCAUCUGCCAGGGUCGUCGGGUCAUGUGUCAACAAGAGCAUCGGUGGUUCAAAAGUUUGGAAUCGCAAUAGGCCAACAAAUCCAUCUAGAGGAGCCGCUGCUCCUGCCACAGCCAGAACUUACAGUGUUUAUGCCAAGCAGAAGAAACCGUCAUCGAGUGGCAAGCAGGCGCCGAAGCAGCAGCCGCUUGUUGCCAAGAAAUGGAACACAUCACCGCCGACGCCGCCAUUGGACGUGGAAAGUGGUAGACGACGACUCAAAGCCAAUAAUGGCCAACGUGGCUAUGACAUGUUCUAUGUGAACUGGUCGCAUCAGAAGGCUGACAAGACGACGACGACAUCGUCAGAGAUGAGCUCGUCGGACGGUUUUGUGGCCCGAGGGCAAAGGCUUUACAACAAUCGCGCUUCGAAUAGAACCACCCAAGCUCACCAACAUGAGACUAGCAUUAAAAAGAAGGAUGAUGAGAAGCAUUCGAGGUCUUCCCGUCGACUAUUUCAUCGUCUGCCUUCGGCUGGAGAACGUUAUGCUGAAAAAAAGAAAACCGAGAAUGAUGAUAUUAUCGAAAUGUCUGCUCUAAUUCGGGCGGUACGGGUAACCUUGUCCAAUUUGGCUGUGGAAGAUGUUCCACCACUGCCGCCGCCGCCACAGUUUGCUGGCGAUUCACCCCAUCUGAGACGCUAUAAGACAGAAAUUGUCUUCUCCAUGCAAAAUUGCAAAGAUCAAACCUUACUCGAAUAUGCUCGGAAAUUGCCACAAGUUUAGCAAAUGAAUGAACAAUUAGAACAAAAGAAAAAAAAAAAAAAAACAGUUUCAAGUUAUACGAGUUUUCCAAAUUUGUAUUAAUCCCCCUUGGACCAAUCCCUUUUGGACCACGACAAGUCGGAAAUUCGUUGAAAUUACAAAUGUUAUAUAUUGUUAUUAAUGCAUAUACAUAUAUAUAUAUAUAUAUAGUGUAU